CCUGUACCACUUCAGUUGUGUGACUACUGGUCCCCAUAAGUGAAUAACUGGCCUCAGGAUGGCGAGAACGAACGAUCACCUCCAGCUUGACCCUUCACUUGAAGGUCAGCUUGGUCUGGAUACAUUCGAGGGGAAAUUUGAUGUCAAAGAUUUCGUCGGCUCAUUGUCCGAGAAACUGAUCUCCCAGUCCAAGACAUCUUCGGGACCGUUCGAUCCAAAGCCGUUUAUCCGCACCUUUGAGCUAGUUGUCGACCGCCUCAUAUCUGUCCGCAAGGAUGUUCAGGUCAAGACAGAACAACUCGAGAAGAACGUCAGAGUGGCGGAAAGGGAGUACUCUGGGAAGAUGGCCGAACUAAACAAGGGAUUCGAGGCAGUAGGAUCGUCAUUUGCAACUAUGGAAAGUAAACUGAGUGAAGUUGGGCGUACAGCUGUUAGGAUAGGCGAGGAACUCGAAUCAGUCCACGUCGAAAGACAGCGAGCACAGGCGGCGCAUAACUUGAUCGACUUCUACAAUCAGUUUUCUCGCGGAGAAACCAGUAGAUUAGACGCUCUUAGAAAAGAAGGCAAAGACGGUCGACAUCAGGUUGCUGUCAUUCUCAGGCGCUUGACUACAUUGGCGAAGGAAGUUGACCUUCCCAUAGCUGAGAAGACUAGGGAAAAUAUUGACAAGUAUUGCGAGAAGUUCGAGAAAGAUAUGUUGUUCCUCUUCGACCGUUACUACCGAAAAGGUGAUCCAAAGAUGAUGCAUCACUGUGCUCAAACACUCCUCGACUUCAACGGCGGCGGGUCUUGUGUGCAGGUUUACGUCAAUCAACAUGACUUCUUUAUUAACAAGGUUAAGGAUCAUGUCGAUGAAAGCGAUGAAAUGUUCGGGUAUUCUCAGUUUAUUGCUAUGUACUCACAGGAUUCCAGGUGGAAGACUAUAUCGCACCCGGACUCGUCUCCUCCCAAGACGGCGCCCGGUCUUGUGCAACUCUUUGCGGAAAUAAGAGCGACUAUGGCGCAAGAGUCACAAAUCGUCCAAGCAGUCUUUCCGAAUCCAUCUCUUGUGAUGCAAGUGUUCCUUCAGCGUGUGUUUGCUCAGUCUAUUCAACAAUACAUGGAACAGCUGCUGAGCAAAGGUGCUUCAUCAUCAGAAUUAGCUUACCUGCGUGUUCUGCAGUUGAUACACGUUGAGACUUCCACAUUGGUGGAUGAUCUGAAGACACAUGAACUUCCCUCAAUGGUCGCGAGCAAGUCCUCCAUGGCCGGCGUUGAAUUCCGGAGAUCUCUUACUGGUGCCCCUUCCAACAUGAUUAGCGCUACGACGACGACCGUCGCUGCUAUGCUGGAAGCAGCUAUGGAAGAACUUUUUGUGCCAUACAUCGAAAGUCAGAAGUAUCUCGAACGGGAAAGCAAAAACAUGGCGGAGUUGUAUGCCACCCUUCUUGCAAACUUCUCACAAUAUCAUGCUAGGACCCAACGAGAACGGGGUAAGGCUUCCGUUUUCGAUCGUAUGGUAGAUCGACUAGGCGCCGCUGCUGCGAACACGUCUGCUGCGGGUCCCACUACAUCUGCACAAGCUGCAGCAGCAAUAAUGAGAUUCGGUGGCAUGAGGACAGAUCGCGCUCAUGACAAAGCUGUGGAAGAGCCGCUGCGAGAAGAGGAUGGCCUCCUUAGCAUCGAUACCGCCGAAAAGAUGUUGAAGUGGCAUGCUGAGGCUGUUGGGAGAUCCGUCGAGCUCAGCGCUCAGAACGAUGUCCCCAAAAACACUUUCAUUUUGCUUCGGGUACUGGCAGAGGCAAUAGCAAAUUCUUACCUUGAGGUUGCCAUUGAAUCGGCCCUUGCUCGCAUAGACUCCGCUGAUCCAAAAGUCGAGCCAAGCCUGCAAGCGUUCACAGUGAUCUACUCGGUGGAUGCCAUAUCUCACCUAUGGCAACGUUACAUGAACAUUGCAAUAUUCCCUCUGGCUGCCGCAUCCGUGACCACACGGCGGGAGAUGUCCGUUUUCGUCAACCAGACAAUCAGUCGCAUGGAAGGUGCUGUAAACAAUCUGCUGCAGCCUAUCAUUUCCUGGUUGACCUUACAACUUAGCAAGCAGAAGAGAAACGACUUUAAGCCUCGCAAUGAUGACCAGUCAUUCGCAAGAGUCAACACAGAGCCGUGCAUCACUUGCUGUGAGGUCCUUGAGAAAGUCCGGGAUGCAGUGAUACAGAACAUCAGCGGAAAGAAUCGAGAAGCAUUCCUUACCGAGAUAGGCAUCUCCUUCCACAGCCUUCUGCUGGACCACCUGCGUAAAUUUCCCGUUAGUGCAACAGGCGGUUUGAUGCUUGCAAAGGAUCUGAAGUCAUACCAAGAUAUCAUCGCAUCGUUCAACAUACCACCAUUGGUGGAGCGCUUCGAAUUCAUUCGACAAUUGGGCAAUGUCUUCCUUGUACGACCGGAGAUAUUGCGUUCCUACAUAACGGAUAAACUACCUUGGGCGCAUCGACUCUUUGAGAAUCAGUUCAAUGAAUCUUCAGAAGCCGAUGAUGGGGUAGCAGACAUGAGCAAUAAGGGUCUGAAGGAUCGCUUCAGGAUGGGACGUCUGAGUACAAUGAUGAAGGAACUUGAAAGCCUCAAGAUAGGGGAAGGUAUAUCCAUGGCUCUCCCUAGUGGAAUUGCUAGCGGAUUUCCAGUCGUUGGUCGUAGUUAG